AGUCAGCCAGUCCAUGACCGCGCUCUGACGCGCUCCGACGCCGGUCGACGCGCAGGACGCAGGCCAGGGGGUCCCGCGGUGUGGUCGUCACUCGCAUCGACGCUAUCUGCUUGUUCACCGUUGGUGUUGCUGGUGCUGGCGAGCACGGCGUGGCCGAGGUGUAGUGCGCCGAAUAGAUUAUGGUGAUUAUGGCCUGGACGAAGUGCUGAAUCGGAGUGGCCACCGAGCAGCCGCGCGGCCCUGCCCGCCCUGCCGCAGCCCGAGCGGGCGACGCCGCUUCCAGCUGAUUCGACUUCUCCGACUUGCGGCCUCCGCUCUCCGCUGAUGGGGCUGCGAUGACUGCCCGCCGUCCCGGGGCGCUCCUCGUCGUGGUCCUCUGCGCGCUCCUGGUGCCCCUCACUACUUCCAGUGCCCCGGACAGCCCUUCCUGCCGAUUUCGGACGAUGAACACAACGUGGGAAGAGUGCCACCACUUCAAAUUGAGCCACUACUGCUGCUCGGGCGCCGUGCACUUCGAGGAGGGCGAGGUGAACGCGACGACCGUCGUGAACGUGCAGGGAUCCACGCGCACCGCGCGCACGGCCAACAUCACCUUCUCAGCCGCCACCGAUGUGGGCAGCUCAUUCCUGCUGCGGCUCGCGCGGGGCUGCAGCGCCUACACCGAGUGCUUCGACGUGGCCGUGGCCGCCUUCGGCGACGUGGAGGUGGAGCUGGCCUUCGUGCCGGCGGACGCGCCCUACAAGGUGACGCGGCUCGACAACGUCAAGUUCCAAGACUGGCUGUCGCUCACGACCACCAACGGCAGCGCGGAGACCAGCUUCCUUCACGACAGCGGCAUCCUCCUGGACAUCCUGGGCAGCGAGUAAGGGCCCUUGCUGCGUGCUGCGCGGGUUUGCCCGCCACGGCGACGGCGUCGACGUCGUGCUCCGAGGCGGAGGUGGGCAAAUCCACGCUGGGACAGUGUGCGCCCAGUGCCAUGUUAUCUCUGACACCAAUUG